UCAUUCAACACAAAACCAACCCCAAACCCUAAUCUCUUUCUACCUCUCCUUCCUCUUCCCUUCUCUCACUCAAACCCUUACCCAUUUAUAAUAUAAUAUAUUAAACAUAUAUAUAUAAAUAAAUAUAUAGCACAGUGUCAUUAUCUACUCCACUUCAGUGUUGAGGUGGUUUGACUCUUCUCCUUCACAAACCCUUAUUAUAUUCUCAUAACCCUGCAUGUCUCCACAUAUAAAUACAACCCUUUCCUCCCCUCCAUAAACACCACUCCACCAUCUUCAUCUUCCCUUCUCUCUCUCUCUCACAGAGAAACAGAAACUAUAUUAAGGUUCUUGUUGUUAUUAUUAUUAUAUAUAUUAUUAUUAUAUACGUAAAUCAGUGAUGGAAGCCAUGCAAAGCCAAACAAAGACAAAUAGCAACAGCUCUGCAAAUCCAUGUCUCAAGAUCUUUGGCUUCAACGUCUCAGAAGACUCUGACGUGGACCACCACCACCACCACCAAGCAACGCCGGAGGCUGGAUCUCCGUCGUCAACAACGACCACCGCCGGUGAGCAACGUAAGUUUGAGUGCCAGUAUUGUUACCGCGAGUUCGCAAACUCUCAGGCUUUGGGCGGUCACCAGAACGCGCACAAGAAAGAGAGGCAACAGCUGAAGCGCGCCCAGAUGGCGGCGCACCACACCGCGACCGCUCACCGCUCACCGCCCGGUACGUUGUACCCGCGGAACCCGAUGGUAUCCGCUUUCGCACCGCCACCUCAUCUGUUCCCCGUGGACCCCACCGCGCCGAGUUGGAUCUAUUUCUCCCACGCUGCUGCUCCGGCGAUACACGUGUCACAUGGAUGUGCGAUGCCGUCCGCUGUUCGGGCACCGCAGCAGUUCUCGUUCUCGCCGAGUGAUGAGAUUGACUCGGCGAUGGAUCUUAGAACUCGGCCGGGUCAAUGGAACUCGAUCAGUGGGUUUGGUGGCGAUUCGGGACACGUGGAGGCUGGUGGGCAGCCGGGGGGAAGUGAUGAUGGGUUUGGAUUGGAUUUGCACUUGAGUCUCGCACCCGCUGGCUCGUGACUCGUUCUUAACUCAGUUUAGUUGGGUUUGGGUUCAUUAUGAUGAAUUAAGUAAUGAGUGGAUUAUUAAUGAACUUUGUAAUUUUUUUUUUUAAAUUAAAUUCUUUAAUUUGAUAACCUUUUUUCUCUAUUUCUUUA